AUGGCCAAAUUCCUGCAGAUUGGUGCGCCCGCCUUCCAGAAGCAUGCAGAUUCCGGCCUUAUGUGUGAGCCGACAGGAAGCUACAGGCCAUGGGCAUCACCGCAUCGCCUACCGCAAUUGAUAUGUUGCUGUGCAGCAAUCCUGCCGCGCGCUUCGGAUGCGCACUGUGGUGGACCGAAUGCCAGGAUCUGUGGCGCAGAUCGCUGCUGGGUUUUGGUCAGUUCGGCCCCGAACAGCCAUUAG